UUGCGCAAAAAAUGUUUCGCAAUCCAGGUGUCUAAUCAAGACAUCGAAAGUAUGAUAGCAACUUGGAUGGAAACUAAUGACAAUGCAAAAUGGUCUGAAUCUUUACGAUUUGUUCAAGCAAUGAAAAAUUCAGCAUUUCAUUCAGGUAUAAAACGAUCACCCUAUGAGGCAAUGUUUGGUUGUACAAUGAAAAUGGGACUUGCUACUUUGAGCAUACCGAAAAAUGUGAUAACAGAACUCAUUAAUGAAGAUGACCUUAUAUCUGUCCUUGAAGACUCUAAAAUUACAAUUUCUAAUGAGAAUGAGGAGACGAAUACUACUGAAAAAAUCAAUGAGGACAUAGAUAUUGAUCAUAACCAAGGAAAAAAAAUCGAUAUUGAGAUCUACAAAAAUAAAGGGGUAGAUAUAAAAACAAAAAUAGACAACGAUGAAAAAACAAUUUUAUGGAAGAAAGAUAAAAAUGAAAAAGUUAAUGAAAAAAUAUUACUUGAACGUUCUACUAAAAUCAAACGACAACGAGAAGAGUAGAAUCUCUGGAAAAACAAGCAAAAAAAAAUGAAAACAAUAUCUAAUAAAAAUUUUCCUGCUGCAUAAUUGGUCAAACAGUGUGAGUGAAAAUUCCAGAUUUCGACUGAUGUAAAAUUGAUUCUCGCACAUUACUGGCUGUAGUUGUUGAAAUUAUUGACGAAGAAUUUUAUCGAUUAGGAUCUAAAGCUGGGACAUUGAAUCAAUUAUUCACUAGAAAUCAAUUUACUUUAUGCGAAGAAAAAUGUAUUUCAAUAUCCGAUGUUCCAAAUACAACAACAAACAUACGCCAAGCUGUUGCUCAACUUUCACUAUCAGGCGGGCAAGGAUUUUUGAGGUGUGAUUGCCAGAAUAAAUGUACAACUAAAAAAUGCAAAUACCGCCAGUCAAAUGUAUUAUGUAAUAGCAGGUGUC